AUGGCCAGGAAAUCCCCGAAUCUCGGCCAUGCAGCACUGGCCCUCCUUUCCUUCUACUCAUACCCCUCCCUGGCAUCAGCCCAACAAUUCCUCACCACCGGCUCCCCCUCCAACCCCCCCUUCGGCCUUCCCCCCUCCUCCUUCGCCCUCGCCAUCGCCAACCCCGUCUCCAACGCUUCUUUCCCAACCACAGGCUAUAACACCUCGGUACCCGCCGGCCCGGACGACGCCACGGGUGAUGGAAUUCCAGGCUGGUAUAUAUCCAUCAACGUGGCAGCCAACGUGCCCUUGGCCAACGCAUCCGACUCCUCUAUAUCGGCGGAAGACAAGAAGAGCAAAGUCACCCAAGCAACGGUUGUGUCGCUUGUGCCUCCUUCUACCCAGGAUGGGCUGGAUGCCGAAAGCUGGAGGGUGUGCGCGAUUGUGUUCACGGGCGGGUUGGCGGCGGGAAAGACGGAGGAGGCGCAGACGAAGAGGUUGGAUGGAACUUGUGCUGCUUUGCUGCCGAGUGAGUGUAUUCAGGAGCUGCAGAUUAAUAGUGUUGCGAAUAACACUGUUGGGACGGGCAAGGGAAACAGCGAGUGCGGGAGUUUGGUGGUUCCUGAUGCUUGUUUGGAGUAUUUUGGGGGGACCGUUGGGGUUGGUUAUGAGGUCGACAGCAGCAACUUUGAUCAGGCCAAUCGCCGAUAUUCCUUCUUCGCGGGCGCCUCGGCUCCAACUGGGAAGGACAACGCGACGGCGCUCGUGGCUAUGGAGAGGGUGCCGCGACAAAUGGAGGAAUCGGCAAGGAGAAGUCCAUGUGGGUUUUGA